AACAGUCAGUCCGCAAUUGCUUGUCUGGAUAUAAAAAGUCCCUCAUUCCCUUCUGUGGCUGUCUUGACUUCUAUCUUACCACCACCAUACAACCUUCCUCUCUUCAGUCUUCAAGAGACUAUCUCACCUUUCAACCCAACCAAAAAAAUGCCUCCCACCCCCGCUACUCGCUCCCAACAUGCCCUCCACCACGAGGCUAACUUUCGUGCUGCUGUCGAUGAGAUCCGCCACGCGAUCACCCGGGCUUUGCCAUCCAAACCCCAGUAUGAUACCCUGCAAGCCGUGUCCCUGAGGUGGGGAAAACGACGAUCUGAACUGCGCCGGCAUCGAGGACGAGCUGUUGGGGGUACUCCGUGGCCGGUUUGGGUUCGAAACCCACAAGUUGGAAAUCCCAUCUGCCGACGAGCCUAUGGCUAUCCAAACCCUCUCAGCAGAUCUGCUUGCUGUUGUGACAAAGUGCUCAUCUCCAAGGUCACUAUUGCUUGUCGUAUACGAGGGUCACUCGAGUGCUUUGAACCUUCCGUCUGGCGGUUCAGAAGUUCUGAUCUAUGGAGCGAAUACACCACAGGCCACCACCGUCCGCUGGAGUUUGGUAGAUAAUAUGAUUGGAGGAUGUAGGGGCGAUGUUGUUGUCAUAAUGGAUUCCUGUUACUCCACGGCCGCGGCUCUCGACCGUCCAGGUCGGGAGUACGUCUUCGCAUCGAGCUUCGAGAGCCCGACCCCAGCCUCGCUGCAGAUCUGCUUUACGCGCAGGCUCAUCGACUGUCUCCGGCAGGUCAAUGGGAAGACAACAAUCGCCCAAUUGCAUGCCCGUCUGCUUGUUGCAGCGAACCAACCUGGUCACCAGUUGCAAGUAACCCCGGUGUACGUGGCCAACUACCAGAAGCCAUCGGUGACUCUGGAACCCUUGCCCACUGGGCUCAUCUCUCGCCCAGAACUCCGAGGCUUGCAAGCGACAGGCCAGCUGAGCGACGGGAAGGUCCUGCUUUCCGGUUACCUCAAGUCUACGACCAGCAUUCCGGAGGUCAACCAGUGGAAAGCCUGGCUGGCGCGCGAGAUCCCCGAGGCAGUCGCUGACAUUAAGAUCGAGGCCGUGUUUCACUCGACCUCGUGCGUAUGCCUGCUGACCGUGCCCACCGCCGUCUGGCAUACAAUCCGCAAUGAUGAGGCCUACAAGUUUAUUGCUUUUGUAGAUUCACAUAACCUUCUAACGAAUCAAUUCAGUAAUGCCUAAUUGUCGUGUUAUAUAGCUUGAUAUGAUAGACACUUGGUCAGAAUUAACCAUGGCUCGUAUAACGUCAGACUGC